AUGCGAUUCUCGGAAGGAAAAGUGAAGGACAAGAAGGAUCCAGCCGCUGGUCAGGCUGAGGAGAAGGACAAGUUAGCGAGUGUGAAGAGGACACAAUCUGUUUCGCUACUGAUACCUCCAAAUUCAGUAACCACUGAACCAACACAGGCGAAAGUUUCUGCUACGGGGGGCAAGUGGACGCAAAAAAUUAACAAUCGAGGCAAUAAGAAAUUAAUAUACAAGAUUAGGUGCUCGAACAAUAACGCAUAUCGUGUUAGUCCAGUGUUCGGAUUUGUAGACGCCUCUGGAAGCGCUAACGUUGAAAUAAUUCGACUAAAUGGAGUUCCAAAGGAAGACAAAAUCGUGUUUCAGUACACUGUAGCUCCAGCAGAUGCGACCGAUGCCCAGAUUGCAUUUGCCCACGUGCAACCCACAGGCGACUUGGUUGUUAAUGUAGUUGCAUCAUAA